CUUCUUCUCUAACAGAAGAAAGCAACAACUCCGCCGCACACCAAAAUCCCAUCAGAUUCUCUCUCACCUCCAACCCAAUACAUCACGCCCAGAUCCCAAUUCCCAUUUCCCAUUUCUUUCUUCCUUCUUCUCUCUAACACCGAAACCACCCCACCUCCAAUUCUUCUCAUCUUUCACUUCACCUCACCAAUUUCUUCCCCUCACCAAGAUUCACACCUCCUCACCAAGAUUCACCUCACCAAGAUCUACCUCACUAAGAUUCAAUCUUCUCAUCAAUUCCACAAAUUUCAAAGGGGGAGCCCAAGCAUCAAGAAAUUCAUCACCAUUAAAUUUGGGUAUAUCAGUGACACUCUACUACCUAUCAAUUUGAGAAGUGGUUGUGUUUUGCAAAGACUACCUAGAGGAAGACCAACAAGGAGAGUUAGGAGACCAAGACGUCGCUCACAAGCACCUUCUAGGUCUCCUAUUCGAGUAGUAGAUAUGGGUGACGAGCGUCAAGGACCACAAGAUGAGGAGGAGAUUCCCUUGAGCCAUUAUUCAUGUCCUAGCAUUGUAAAUGCUCCAUCUUGCAUUGUGCUUCCUCCGAUAAAUGCCAACUUUGAGAUCAAGCCUAACAUGUUGUCUAUUCUCCCUACUUUCCAUGGCAUGGCUAGUGAGAGGCCCUAUGAUCAUAUAAUUGAGUUUGAUGCCAUAUGUUCCACUAUGCACUUGGGAGGAUUAACUUUGGAGGGUUUGAAGCUUCGAUUAUUCCCAUUUUCUUUGAAAGAUCAAGCAUGCACAUGGUUUCAUAAGCUCAAGCCAAGAUCCAUUCUCUCUUGGGCUGAUAUGCAAAGAGUGUUCUUGAAUGCAUAUUAUCCCCAUCAUCGGACUACUUAUAUGCGGGAUAGAUUGACCAAGUUCUUUCAAGAGGAUAAUGAGACUUUUUAUGAUGCAUUGGAACGCUUCAAGGAUAUUGAGUUAGGUUGCCCUCAUCAUGGACUCACCAAGUGGCUUCUUUGCGAAUCUUUCUACAAUGGGUUGAUUAUUGAUGAUAGAAGGAGAUUGGAUAAUGCAUCGGGUGGAAAUUUUCUAAAGAAAGGUCCUAAUGCCUCUUGGGAUACUUGUGAGGAAGUGGCUACCCAAUCCGGUCAAUGGGAUAAUCAUCAAAGGAGAAGAGGAGGUAGAGAUGACCACACUACAUCUAGAGGCCGAGAUUCACAAGCAUAUGGUACUAGAGGCCGAGUUGAUAUGGAGCCUCGUGGUAGAGGUGUGUAUGAUGUUUCUCAUAUUGAUAAAGAUGAUGGAGUUAUGAAUUCCAAACUUGAGAGGCUCGAAGCAAAGAUUGACAAGAAAUUUGAGAUGCUUCUUCAAGCGCAAAAGGGUAGUGGUUCGUCUUCUUCAAAUGUCAAGAGUGUUACUUCUUCACAUCUUUGCUUGAUUUGUGAGUCCCCUAAUCAUUCUACUCAUGAUUGUCACUUGGCUUCACAAUUUCCGGAAUUUGUUGAGGAGCAAGUUAGAGCUAUUAAUUCUUAUCAAAGGCCACCAAGAAAUGAUCCUUAUUCUACUACAUAUAAUCCGGGUUGGCGUAACCACCCAAAUUUCUCAUGGAGAGAUAGUGGAGGGUCCUCUAAUGCACACCAAGGUGGUUCUCAUUCAUAUGGAGGGAAUCAAGGCCCUAAUUCUUCAUCUUUUGGUCCUCACGGUCAUGGAAACACACAAUUUGGUGGACAAAAUCAUUAUGGGCAGCAAGCAUCUAGUUACAAUUCUCAAGACCAAGGGCCAUCUUUUGGUGCUACACAUGCUUAUGGAGGAGCCCCACAUGAUACUCAAGGGUUUGGUCAAAGUUCCCAUUCAUUUGGAGGUGCCAAUCCUACACAAAAUGCUCCUCCCGGAUUUCAAAAUAGGCAAGCACCACAAAGGGAACCAAAGAAGUCUCAUAUGGAUGAUAUAUUGGCCGCUCUAGCCCAAAGUCAUACUUCUCUUACACAAAGCCAAGCGAAGACCGAUCAAACUCUUAAUAUUCUUGCUCAAGGUCAAAGUUCGCUUGCACAAUGUGUGGGAAAAUUAGAGGUCCAAAUGGGACAAUUAGCUAAAGAGCUUGGAGCACGUCCACAUGGUGCAUUACCUACUCAACCGAAUCAAAAUCGGAGACAUGAGCAAGCUAAGGCUAUUACUACACUUCGAAGUGGGAGAGUUUACGACAAUAAGGUACGCAUGCCUAAAUCUUCUAACUCCCCUUUGAAUGUGCAUGAUGACAUGUAUGCUCCCACUUAGGGCUGUCAAUUCCGACACGACCCGAUAACACGACUCGAAACCCGCACGAAAUAAAGCGGGUUGAACCC